AACAUUAGAACAAAGAAAGAUGGAUACAAUUUCUUCGUCUUUCUACGAUUCUCCCGUUGGGACUUAUGAAGUAUCAGCUGAUAAAGAUGGCAUACUAAGUAUUAAGCUAAUCAGCAAAGAGAAAAUCGAAGAGCAUGAAAAAACAAUGCCUUCCUCAGCGAGAAAGCACAUUCAAGAUUGCUUGAAAUGGAUGGAUGUCUAUUUCACUGAUUUGAGUAAAAUUGACAAGAUCAAAUCACCAGUGCUUAACACAGCAAGAUUCAGACACAAGAAAUUUUGUUGUCAUGUCUGGAAAAUGUUACUAGAAGAGCUGCAUCCUGGACAAACCAUGAGCUACGGCGAGGUGGCAAAACUGGCUGGGAACCCCAAAGCUGCUAGAGCAGUAGGAAUGGCCAUGAAGUCCAAUCCAUUUUCAAUCAUCAUGCCAUGUCACAGGGUACUUAGCAGGGAUGGUAUUGGCAAUUACAGCUCGUUGAAUGGAGUGACAACUAAAAGAUGGUUGCUGGAACAUGAAAAUGUUAACAUGGAGAAACUUCAUUAACUGCAUUCAUCAUUUGUGAUAAUUAGGGCAGUUGAAGAAGAUUGAUCUUUAUGGCAUUUUAAAGCAGUUAUAUAGUUCCCAGUGUAAGCAAUCAAUCGAAAAUAGUUAGAAAAUUGUUAUCAAUUGUUUUGGGAAGUCAAUAAUCAACAGUAAUCAUGAAAAUAUAACCAAUGGGUUACCUAGAUUCAUGUUUAAUGCACUUGCCAUCGGCUUUCAUGAGGGAGGGGUGGGGGGGUGGGGACCCCGGGCAAAUGUGGGGACUUUGCUUUGAGCCUAAAGGAAAGCUAUCUGUAUGUCCCCAGAUAUGGAGCAAGGUUUCUUAGAAAAUACCCCUAUAUUCCACCAGUCCCUGGGACAAAAUUGUUAUGGAGCUGAAAUAACAGAUCACAAAAGUAACGCAAAACAGCUGUAGAGUGCACACACUAAAUCCAUGGAAAACAAACUGAAAGACAAGAUCUUAGUAACAUGUAUAGCAAAUAGAGCAUUUGAUAAAUUAAUAUCAGAAAUGUUAAGUUUUGUUCUUUUAUGUUUCUUUUAUUUUGCAACAAAAAUAAUAGAUGUUAUGAUUUGUUUAUAGAUUAAAAGGAUUCAACAAAAUGCACACCUUUCUGACCUACAGUGUCCACCAUUUUGUGCAUGACUAGUUUCCAGUUUACGAGCGAUGUAGGUUAACAGAGCAACCCCAAUGCCAGAAAAAUAAAAGUCAAAAUAAAACUCAAACAAAAAACGA